AUGCCUCCAAUUCAUUUUACCACCUACAGUAGUCGUGUGUCAGCCAUUUCUCUUGGUUCUGAACAGUUAAGUUCAGGUUACUUCUCUGAAGCUGGAUGCAUAGUCAGGAAAGUGCAGAAAGAAUUAAAUCCAGACAUUAACAUUGAGGGAGUAAUAGAUUUAGCUGUAAGCUUUGAUGCCUCUUGGCUUACUAAAGGACAUUCUUCCAUGUAUGCUGUAGCCUUCAUUAUUGAAGUUAUAACCGGUUUAGUUUUAGACUUCCAUGUAGUAUCAACUUUUUGCCAUGCCUGCUCAUUUGCAAAAACCAAAUAUGGCAGUGGAAUAGAAUUUGAAGAAUGGUAUUUAAAACAUAAGCCACAUUGCAACAUAAAUUUCAGUGGAUCGUCUAAUGCUAUGGAAGUUGAAGCUGCAAAAGUCCUGUGGUCUAGGUCUUUAGACUCUGGGUUUAGAUACUCCACAUUAAUUAGUGAUGGCGAUUCAAAAUCUUACGAUCACAUUAACAAUUUAAAACUCUAUAAUGUUGAAAAACAAGAAUGUAUCAACCAUGUUGCCAAACGCAUGGGAACAGCUUUGCGAAAAUUAGCCAAAGAUGGCAAAAAACUAGGUGUGGUACUAGGUGGAAAGGGGCAGGGAAAAUUGACUCAAACAACCAUAAAUAAAUUAACAAUUUACUAUGGUAAGGCCAUCAGAGAAAAUCUUGACAAUUUGGAUGCAAUGCGUGAUGCAGUGUAUGCAAACUUCCUGCAUGCUUUAUCCACAGAGUCAGUACCUCACCACAAUAGGUGA